UGGAUUUGGGGACUUAGCGUGUUUGCUUGGGGUAGGGGGAGGACCUAGACUGUGGAUGGAGCCAGAGUAAGCCUGACCUCGAGGCAUGGCACUCUGGCGGGCAUACCAGAGGGCCCUGGCUGCACAUCCGUGGAAAGUCCAGGUUCUGACAGCUGGGUCACUGAUGGGCCUAGGUGACAUUAUCUCACAGCAGCUGGUGGAGAGGCGGGGUCUCCAGGAACACCAGACAGGCCGGACCCUGACCAUGGUGUCCAUGGGCUGUGGCUUUGUGGGCCCUGUAGUCGGAGGCUGGUAUAGGGUUUUGGACCGCCUUAUCCCCGGCACCACCAAGGUGGGCGCACUGAAGAAGAUGUUGUUAGAUCAGGGCAUCUUUGCCCCGUGUUUUCUAGGCUGUUUCCUCCCCCUGGUAGGGGUACUCAACGGAAUGUCAGCCCAGGACAAUUGGGCCAAACUAAAGCGGGACUACCCUGAUGCUCUCAUCACCAACUACUACCUCUGGCCUGCUGUGCAGUUAGCCAACUUCUACCUGGUCCCCCUGCAUUACAGGUUGGCCGUUGUCCAGUGUGUUGCCAUCAUCUGGAACUCCUACCUAUCCUGGAAGGCACAUCAGCUCUAAGCCUGCCUGGUUUCAUGGCUUGCAUCUUAUACUAAUGCACCCUCACCCUGGAAUGCUUGGACAGUAUCCUCAAAGAGAGUACACCAGGACUGGAGAGGUGGCUCACCUAUUCAGAGCACAGACUGCUCUACAGA